AAUCUCCACAUUUUGGUGCCUUUUCUGUGGCCAAAUAGCUCUGUUUGUUCGAUUCGACGGACGGAAGUGAAGAACUUCCGAUUCGAAGCUAUUUGGAGCUUGAUCACGGCGUUUCUUGAAGAAUUUCAGUUUCUGACGUGUUUUCUGUUUUAAGACUGCUUGAAGACAUCUUCAAACUGCAGAGGAAGUACAGCUGGAAGUUCAUGUUGUACGGGAAGCAUUGCCACUUUGGAAGAGGUGAAUAUGAAUGGGGGAGACAGACAAGAAUAACCAAACCAAGGGCUCUGGCAGAGACAAGAAAAGAGAAGUAAGCCAAAUCCAGAGAAUGACCCUAAAAUCUUGAACAUGAAGGAAGUUAAAUAUGAAAUCUCAGAUCCUCAACCACCCUCAAAUGUCAUAGUAAGUGACUCGAGCGCAGGGACAGAUCCCUCCGAAGUUUUUGAAGAUGUGCUUAUAGAUUAUGCGGAUGACAUACACAGGUCGGCAGAUGCAGUGACAGAUGCAAAAGCCCAGGAAAUGGUUGCAAAAGAGAGUGAGGACAAUGGAAAGGAGCACUCAAGCGAUCAGGAAAAAGAAGUCACAAAGAGCAAGGAGGUAAUAUCUGAUUGUGAGACUGUAAAAGAUUCUGUAUCAUCUCCAGGGGAAACACAGACUGCCAAAGAUGAGAAGGUAGAACGAGCCUCAAGAGUUCCCAAAAAGCUACCGAAGAAAACCUCAGUCGAAACCUGCUCUCGUGCAGCAAGAGCCAGUACUGAUCGACAAGAAGCAAAUAAGCUGCGAUUCAAAACAUUGAAUAAUACUCCAAAGAAAAUUCCAAAAGCCAACAACGGGGUUUCGGAGAUUGCCACUAAAGGCAUUGAUUACAAAUCCAGGAAUAUGGAAGUUCCUGCCAAGCCAUCAUCAGAAUCAUCUGAAGGAAGUGAUGGCAAGUCAAUUGAAGAGGUGAAGGAGGUAGAUAUGCUGGAUGAGGCACCAAACGUUCCUCAAAGCAUUGGAACAGAUGAUGAAGCAGCUGAGAUGGUAGAAAAUGGUUUGGAUGAAGCUAAGGUGGGUAUGGAUCAAAGGAUCGAGGAAAUGGAAUUGAGAAUCAAGCAACUUGAGGAGGAGCUCCGAGAAAUUGCUGCUCUCGAGAUUUCACUCUAUUCUGUGGUACCGGAACAUGGGAGUUCGGCACAUAAGGUCCACACCCCUGCCCGGCGUCUUUCUAGGCUAUACAUUCAUGCUUGCAAGCAUUGGUCUCAAGACAAGAGAGCCAGCAUUGCUAGGAACACUGUAUCUGGACUCGUAUUGAUUGCCAAGUCCUGCGGCAAUGAUGUUCCUAGGUUGACUUUCUGGUGGUCAAACGCAGUUGUUUUGAGAGAAAUAAUUUCUCAAGCUUUUGGUAAUCCCCAUCACUCCAGUCCAAAUGGAAGGGCUGUUGGAUCAAAUGGUAGUUCAAAGACAAACGAUGGGAAGUCCUCUCCAUUUAAUUGGAACGGUGGAGCUGGUAACAAACUAGUGAAGAAGCUUGGUUUUGUGCAAUUUGUAGAUGACUGGCAGGAGACCAGUACGUUUACAUCUGCACUAGAAAAGAUUGAAGCUUGGAUAUUCUCUCGGAUUGUUGAGUCAGUGUGGUGGCAGACCCUAACUCCACACAUGCAAUCUCCAGUUGAGGAUCUGUACAUCGAAAAAAGCUUUGGGAGGCUGAUGGGACCACCUUUGGGUGAUCAGCAACAAGGCAGCUUCUCCAUUAACCUAUGGAAAAAUGCUUUCCUGGAUGCUUUCCAAAGACUCUGUCCUGUUCGAGCAGCAGGGCAUGAGUGCGGUUGCUUACCAGUUUUAGCAAGAAUGGUGAUGGAACAGUGUGUGGCCAGACUAGACGUUGCAAUGUUUAAUGCAAUUCUGCGUGAAUCGGCCCAUGAGAUCCCAACAGAUCCUGUAUCGGAUCCAAUUGUAGAUUCUAAAGUUCUACCUAUUCCAGCUGGGGACUUGAGCUUUGGAUCUGGGGCACAACUCAAGAACUCUGUCGGAAAUUGGUCCAGAUGGCUGACCGAUCUGUUUGGUAUGGAUGCUGAUGACUCCCCAAAAGAAGAUCAUAUCAAUGGGGAGGAUGAACAUGGAAUGGGUGCUGACACGGAGUCCAAAUCCUUCCAUCUGCUCAAUGAUCUGAGUGAUCUUUUAAUGCUCCCUAAAGACAUGCUUAUAGACAAAUCCAUCAGAAAAGAGGUCUGCCCAACAAUCAGUCUGCCCUUAAUGAAGCGAAUUCUCUGCAAUUUUACCCCAGAUGAAUUCUGCCCAGACGCUGUUCCGGGGACCGUCCUGGAGGCACUACAUUCUGAGAGUGAGCUGGAGCAGCCCCAAUCAGACGGUGACACAAACAGCGGCUUCCCAUGUAGAGCUGCUCCCAUUGUGUACUGCCCUCCUUCACCAUCUGAUGUGGCAGAGAAGGUGGCAGAUGCCGGAGGUCAUACUCAGCUGGGGAGAAAUGCAUCGAUCAUACAAAGGAGGGGGUACACCAGCGAUGAUGAUUUGGACGAGUUGGAAUGUCCUCUCACUUGCAUCAUAGACAAAAUGCCACCAUCUCCAUCUACUGUAAAUGGAAGACAGAUGGAAACAACAGCUUCCAGUGGGACAAAUGUGAGGUACGAACUACUUCGUGAGGUUUGGUCCAUAUGAAAUGUUACUUUUGGAGAUCUGUAUUGCGUUCAUUGCUCCGUAAACAGGGAAAACAAAGGCCAAAAAAUCUCAGGUAGCCAGAGAGGAUUUAUUAGGAUUGAAUUUCGUUUGAAAAUACGAGUGGAAUCAUUGAAUUUUCUUACUGUAUGUAGUAAACUGAAAACCCAUACGUAAUGUACAAACGUGAUGCCCGAGAGUUGCAUUUUAAUAAGUCGAGAAAAUAAUUGCAAAAACA